UCGCAGACACCAUGCUCCAGUUUCUGCUUGGAUUUACUUUUGGCAAUGUGGCUGGAAUGUAUCUGGCCCAGAACUAUGACAUACCAAAUCUGGCUAAAAACCAUGAAGAAAUUGAAAAGGACUUGGAUGCCAAGAAGAAACCCCCUAGUUCAUGA